UUUUAGAUUAGAAAACUGUGUACAAAUAUUGCGCAGUAAUAUGGGCAAAAAAAAGCGAAAUCAUGCGCAAAACACGGAGGAAGUUUCAUCAGUACCAUCUGUGAGCACUCCGCCACUCGUCAGACAAGUUACGUUUGAUGAAUCUUCAAAGGGACCUAGUGACUAUUACAUGGAACCGAGCGGUAGAGGUUUAAUUACAAGUCCAUCUGUUGGAACACUAAACAGAUUAGAACGACAGAAAAUUGUUCUCUGGAAGAGGCCUUUUCAAACAGUUCACUAUGCUCUUCGUGAAAUAUUACAGUUAUUGGUCGAGUUCAUCACUUAUUUAUGGUUGCACAAAGCUCGCAUAUUGUUUGUUUUAUUAUUGUGUGCCGUUGGGACAUAUAUUUGUCACAUUCCCGGUGCUCAUCAAAAAUACAUCCAGAGUUGGAAAGUGAAGUUAUUACGAUGUCUGUAUUGGAUAGGUUUGGGCAUACUGUCAUCUGUUGGACUUGGAACUGGUCUACAUACAUUUAUAUUAUAUCUCGGUCCACAUAUAGCUUCAGUUACAAUGGCGGCUUACGAAUGUAAUUCACUGGAUUUCCCUGAGCCACCAUAUCCGGAAAGAAUUCUAUGUCCGAAUGUGGAAGGCAUCGUGGAGACGGCAAUAGUGACAAUGUGGUCGAUAAUGUCAAAAGUACGUGUUGAAGCACUUAUGUGGGGAGCUGGCACAGCACUGGGUGAAUUACCGCCUUACUUUAUGGCAAAGGCAGCGCGAAUCUCCGGUGAGGAGCCAGAUGAUGAAGAGUACAGGGAAUUCCUAGCUUACAUUAAUCAAAAUGAACCCAAAGCACCCACUUUUACCGAAAAAUUCAAAGGAGUAAUGGAGAAAGCAGUCACUAAACUUGGAUUCUUUGGCAUUCUUUCUUUCGCUUCAAUUCCAAAUCCGUUCUUCGAUUUAGCUGGCAUAACGUGUGGGCAUUUCCUAGUUCCCUUCUGGAAGUUCUUUUUGGCAACUCUUAUUGGAAAAGCUGUCUUCAAAAUGCAUCUUCAGAUGUUUUUUGUGGUAUUGGCUUUCAGUGAAAACACAGUGGAGCAUCUUAUAGUUCAUUUAAAAGCGGUUCCGAUAUUUGGCGUACGUCUUCACCAGAAAUUAAUGGAGUAUCUAGCGUUUCAGAAAAUCAAGCUCCAUAAAGGUGGUAUCCUACAUGUUGAGGACAGCACUAUGCUUCAGAAGGGUGCUUCAUUCAUCGUUACAUCUAUGAUAGUUUGGUUUUUACUUUCUAUAAUCAAUUCGUUGGCACAGAAUUGGCAUAAGAGACUUUGUAACGCAAAAAAGAAGACACUAUGAUGGUUUAUAGGAGAUUUUAUCAUAUAAUUCUUUUAUUAGCAAAUCUUCACUUAUGC